UUGCUGUCAGACAGACAGGCUGUGUGACCUGACCCCUCACAUUUCUGUCAGACUAGGGCACGGUUAUGGCAAUGCUGAGGCUUGUUUUUCAUCUUUAUACAACUCGAGUUCAAAGUUCUCGGUGGUGACGCAACCUGCGCCUGUGUGUACAUGCCAGUGUGGGAAAUACAUUGGUUGAAUCUUCGCUUAGGGAACGGUUACGCAGAGCCAGGAACAAGACUACUGAUCGUCUGUGGUGUGGAUCGGUGCACCAUUUGCCCUAACAUAGUAGUUACACAGGCCGACGGGGAGAUGAGUGAAUCCUUCUCGAUGCCAGCGACCGGGUCGGAGAAUGGGUCGUUCAGGUUCCUAUCAGAUAAGAAGGAGGAGCAGACUACAUCGCCCUCCUGCAGCCUGAGUGUCAGCGGGGUGUCCUACACGGUCAGCGAGCGUGCCGGUCCGUGGUGGGACUUGCCUUCGUACAGAAAGCGAUGGACUCGACAGAUUCUGAACGAGGUCUCGUUCCACGUGAGCAGUGGAGAGAUCCUGGGGAUCCUGGGGAACUCAGGUUCAGGGAAGACCACUCUGCUAGAUGCCAUUGCAGGCCGGAUCGGACACUUAGGCACUCUGUCUGGGGAUGUCUUCAUCAACGGGCAGAAGAUUAAACAAGAGCAGUACCAGGACUGUUUCUCCUACGUCCUGCAGAGUGAUAACCUGCUGAGCUACCUGACGGUGGAGGAGACACUGACCUACACAGCCCAGCUGGCCCUGCGCAGACACUCUGAGGAGGCCAUCAGGAAGAAGGUGUCAGCAGUGAUGUCGGAGCUCAGCCUGACCCACGUGGGCCGCAGUGUGAUUGGAGGACGGGUCUUCCCUGGAAUCUCUGGGGGAGAGAGGAGGAGGGUCUCCAUCGCCUGUCAGCUCCUUCAGGACCCCAAGGUGAUCCUAUUGGAUGAGCCGACCACUGGACUGGAUAGCAUGACGGCCAAUCAGAUCGUGGUACUGCUGGCAGAGCUGGCCAGGAGAGACCGAAUCGUCAUAGUUACCAUCCAUCAACCGCGCUCAGAGCUCUUCAGGGUCUUCAGUAGGAUUGCCGUAAUGAGUCGGGGUGAGCUGGUGUUCUGCGGUCAGCCGGGGGAGAUGGUGGACUUCUUCAGUCAGUGUGGAUACGAGUGUCCCGAGUACUGCAACCCAUUUGACAUCUAUGUCGACUUCACGUCGGUGGAUACGCGCAGCGUGGAGAGGGAGGCAGCCACGUUCAGCCGUAUGCACAACAUCACUUCCUCUUAUCAAGGCUCAGCCAUCUACCAGAGCAUGCUGGGAAAGAUGGAACAGAGCCUCCGGGUCAGCAACAAGGCGGCCAUCCCCUUCAAGAGCAAAGAGUCUCCCAGCAGCCUGGUCAAAAUGGGGGUCCUCUUCAGGCGCACCAUGCGUAACCUGUCUCGGGAUAGGAUGGGGGUCCUGAUGCGCCUGUCCCAGAACCUGAUCUACGGCCUGUUCAUCGCCUUCUUCGUGGUGCGCCUGGACUCCGACGUGACCAAGGGCGCGGUGCAGGACCGCAUCGGCAUCAUCUACCAGGCGGUGGGCGCCUCGCCAUACACUGGCAUGCUCAACGCCGUGGCACUCUUCACGUCCUUGCGGGCCAUCUCAGACCAGGAGAGCCAGGACGGGCUCUACAGCAAGUGGCAGAUGUUCCUGGCCUACGUCUUCCACAUCCUGCCCUUCAGCAUCGUCAGUGUCUUCAUCUUCACCUCCUUCCUCUACUGGACGGUGGGCAUGCAUCCAGACACCAUGCGCUUCCUGUGUUUCUCCGCUGUGGUCCUUGUGCCUCAUAUCAUAGGUGAGUGGCUGACGGUGGUUCUGCUGGGGGUGGUGCAGAACCCCAACAUGAUCAACAGUGGCGUGGCCCUGCUCAAUAUCGCUGGCAUCUUGGUGGGCUCCGGCUUCCUCAGAAGCACCCAGCAGAUGCCAGAGGUGUUCCAGUGGCUCAGCUACCUGACCUUCCAGAAGUACAGCUGUGAGCUGCUCAUCGUCACAGAGUUUCAUGAACUCAACUUCACCUGCAGUAACAGUGUGAUCCCCGGGGCGUGUCUGAUCGCCCAGGGGAGUCAGAUCAUCGACCAGGGCUACCCCGGGGCCCUGUCGCGCUACACGCUGGACUUUGUGCUCCUCUACUCCUUCCUACCCGCCCUCCUGCUGCUCGGGGUGGCCAGCUUCAAGAUCAGAGACCGCCUCAUUCGACACUGACACCGGCACGAGGUUCUGGUUUUUCUACCCUGCAAAGCACAUGUCGGUGAUUCUGAUUGGUCCAGAUGGAGUCAAUCGAUGCUGGCACCCAAUAGUUUUAGUAGAUUUUAUUAAGGGACUGUGGCAAUUAAUUUGAGGUAUUUGUGCUUCACAGUUUAUUUUGUCAUCAUUAUUGAUUGUAUCUUUAUGACAUAAAUGUGUAUUUGUGUACUAGCCACGAACUACAGUAUGUGGAUGCUUGAAGGAUAUAUUUAAAAUAUAUAUAUCUAUACUGUUAAAAGACAGGCUAUGUCCAAACCAAUUUACAUUGAAACCAAUGAUCAUUGCACUUUGCAGCUGAAAAGUGAUUGGAUGGAUUGAUGGAAUCGAUUACCUGCCAGAUGACCUAUAUGCUGACAAAGUAUCAUAAAAUGGAUUAAAAUAACUUUGUCAACUUUAAACUGUUUCAUAUUUAAUCAAAAACAAAUGUAUAUAUUUUUUAAUCCAGCUUUAAAGGUUAUAUUAUUUUCAAUCAAACCAAUUUUAAAGGGUCCUUAUGAUGUUGAGUAUCAGGUAUUACAUAUGCAAUAAAUAGUUAUUUAAGAUUCUUUAUUUUCAAUAACAUCUAAAUACAUUGUUGACAAAAUUAGGUACAUGUAUAAAUAUAAAUGAUAUGCUCUUUCUAUAUAUAAUCUAGGAAAUAAUCAGUGUGUGUGUGUUGGUGUGUGUGUUACUAGGUAUCCAGUUCCAGUUCUUUCCAUGACUUUGCAGCAUUUCUUCUGUACUGCUGCAACUCCUGAGAACAGUACAGAAAAAUAAAUUUCAAGAAUUAUGU